GAUAAUCCUUCUGGCUGGGUCUUACUCUACGGCCCACCGCAGUAUCUAACACUCCUGGUCCGGCGUCUGCAAUGGCAAGAGCAGCGGCGGCGGAGGCCUUCUCGCGGCGCCUGGGCGCGGCCGUGCGCGGCCUCUCCGGCGCCUGGUACAACCGUCAUAUGGCCGCCGCCGACCGCGCCAUCCGCGCCCGACUCCCCCUUGUAGACCUCGUCCUCGAGGUCCGCGACGCCCGCGUACCCGCCACCUCGGCGUUCGAGCUUCUCCACCGCCGCUCCCCGGAGGAGCCCGACGUGCGUCGGCUCGUUGCGCUCAACAAGGCCGACCUGGCUGAUAAGUCCGAAACCGAGAAGUGGGUGGCGUUCAUGAAGCAAAGGGGCUGCUCGUGCAUCGCGGUCAAUUCACACAGCAGGGAAAGCAUCAAUGAGCUGUUGAAUGCUGUGCGUGGGAGGAUCAGGGAGAUCAAGCUUGGGGUGAGCGACUGCACAGGGACUGUUCUCUUGGUCGGUAUCCCUAAUGUUGGCAAGUCGGCCAUCAUCAAUGCGAUGCAUCAAAUUGGAAGGAUUGGGGCAGCAGAGAAGGGAAAGCUCAAGCAUGCGAUUGUCAGCAGCCAUCCAGGAGAAACCAGAGAUAUAAGUGGCUACAAGGUUGCUAGUCAUCCAAAUAUAUAUGUGUUAGAUACUCCUGGUGUUCUAUCUCCUAUAUUUGCGAAUGAUGAAUCUGGUCCCAGGCUAGUUUUGACAGGAGCAAUUAAGGAUUCCUUGGUAGAGGAGUAUGAGAUUGCGCAAUUCCUUCUUACAGUUCUUAACUUAAGGACGGAAUGCAGGGAGUGGGAGAACCUGAAUCUAGACGGAGAUAAAUCUUCUUUUGCUGAUGCAAUUCCCACCAGGAGUUGCCAUACUAAAAGGCAGUAUUCCUCAGAUCAUACCCAGGAUUUUAUCGUUAGAGCUGUUCGUCAAGCGCUUUCUGAGACCAUAGCAUCUUUUCAGGGAGAUUUAGGAAAUGAGAAUGAUUUAAGAAGAUUAGUAGAAAUCCAGUUUACACACUUGCAGAAUGCUUUCAGGAUUUCUGCUGAAACAAUCGAGGAUAGGAAUAAAUGUGUCGCUGUCAAAUUACUCAAUCUCUAUCGCACAGGAAGGCUUGGCCAUUAUACCUUAGACCAUGUUCCAGAUGUUAGGCAGGAAGUAGCUGCAUAAUCAUCCAAUAUGAAACACGGGUCAGAGAAGGAUAUGUGGAUACAAAUCAUUACUUACUGAGUCCAGAAAACAGGUCUGAUCGCUGGGACAUCUGCAAACGACUGAUUGAUAGACGGAGAAUAUUUAAUUGCACCUAAAUGUAUAUCAUGCUAACAGUAGUUAUUGAAAUCACACCACUCAUCUUUUUCUAACCAAAGAAUAAAUACAUAUUAUUUUCAGAAUGAUCUAUACACUGCUGCUUUGAUCUACCCAUGAGUGUUUAUUCAGCUGCAGGAGAAACUGUGUGGCUCCCUAAUCGCACACCAUCAUUGUUUCUCUUCUCCUCCUUGCAAGUGAUAUCAAUGGUCAGAUGGUCAUGGCGAGUGAACUCUUUAAAAUUUGCAGCCCUUUCCAGUUCCUUUACUUCCUCAAUAACCAACUCCAGUCGUACUACCAUUUCUACCAGUAACGAAGCAAAAGCAGCGAAUGGUAGUGCUUCAGAGAACUCAAGGCUCGUGAUAGCUAUCUUACUUAGCGUCCGCCCUAAUGUGCUCCUCUCACUGCGUUCUGAUGGUUGAUCUGCUUUUGUGUUCUUCCUUUCUAAUAUCGAUGCUGUAUCAGUCUUGAAUGAGGGCAGAGCAGUUCUUGAGGUGGCAUGCUUGCUUGAAUUCAGUUCCAUUAGCAUACGACUAUUGGCAGAUCCAUGUUUUGAGCCGAGAAAUAGCCGUGGUUGUGACCUUAUUGCUGAGUUUAGAUCCUGUAGUGCUUCAUGAAGAUGAUCGCACAACACAUCAGGGGCACAACGAUGGUGAUUUCUUAUGCUGUCUGCAAGCUCCUGUAGAACCUUGGUCACCUCUCGUGCAACUCUAGUGCAUGGGGUUCGAAAUAGUGAUCUGACGGAUGUCGGAGUCUUCAACAUCGAUAAAUAUAACUUUGUGAGCACAGGUUAUUUACAGAAAGAUGGUUUUGCUUGAAAUAAUAUUGAUAUGUCAGGUAAAUCUGGAAAAGCAUGUUAUAUCAUAAGUUUUUUGCAGUACCUGAAUUUCUGAUUCAAGGCAUCCAUGAAGUGCAGCGACAGUAUAUGCGAAGUGUCUAAGCACAGAUCCGAGCUUCACAUACUUUUGCCAUGGGUAACUGUAACACUGCAUUGAGUGUCUUGGCUCCCAGCUUGCAUAGUGUGCCUGGCCAAUUGUUAUUAUUUGAGGGCAUAUACUUUUUGAAAUAAGAGACAUCCAUGACAUCAAUCUGAUAAAAACAAUUGCACGGAGAAAAGGAUAAGAAGAUUGAAGCAUCAAAUGAUGAUUUAAUUACCAGGGACUCGUCACUUGAUUUUGAGUCUAGUACUUCUCUAUACCCAGUAUGAAUGGAAGCUCUCGAUGUCUGCUUAUCAAGAAUGUUAUCAUGCUUCUCUUGAUCUCGGAAAUACUCAUUCACACAACCUGCAAUUUUUCUUUGUGCGGCUGUGGAGGUCCUCUCCCGACCAGUUUGGCAACACAAAGAGGCUCAUAAAGAGGCAUAUGGCACACCCUAUGGCAAUUGUACUCAAGCGAUCUCGUGCUAAAGGCAGUAUGUUCUCCUGGCGGAAGCUUGAGACCGUUAUCAGAUUGAAGGUUAGCAAAAAAAUCACCACACCAUAAUCAUAAUUCUUCUUAAUGGAUGGGAAGAAUCUCAAAUAUGUUGCCGCGAAUCCUGUCAUUGAAAAUGCUACGGCAUAAGAUACUAUUAAUUUGGCCAUCCUAAAUUCCAAUUUUACAAGGUACAUACCUAUCAGAAAUACUGAAGAUGCCACAAAGAAACCGCGGAAAACUUUUCCAGAUCUUACUGCUACAAGUUCAAUGAUAAAUGCUAGAGAUGCCGCUAUGACUGUUCCGAACCCUCUAUUCAGACCUUUGCAUAUGGUUGCACCUGUUGAUCAGCACUCACUUGUUAGAAACCGAAGAACUACAUCCACAAAUACCAUAUUAUAAUCAAUAUGAUGCUAGUAGAUUACCUGCGGUAAAUUCGAGCACAACAACAACCGUCAUGACAGCCCACAUUGCAUUCUUUCCCACUCCUUUGAACAACGGUUCUAGUAUAUACAAGAGCGAGACUAGUGUGAGAGCUGUCCCAACCUUGAGAGCAUGAAUGGCUCUCCUUUGAUCUUCUCUUCCAAUACUCCAUGCGUACGCCCACCACGAAGCAGGAAUCCUGGUGAUCUUCUUCACUCUCUCAGGAAGCAUCAGCAAGCUGUUCUUGUUGCUGCUGGGAUCUACAGCACAAGCCAUUCUUGCAGCCUGGGCUCAAGAUGAAUGCUCAGGUUCCUUGGAAGAUGGCAAUGCUACCAACAGUGUAGGUGUCCCAAAUAUCAGGAAGGGAGAGGACGCCACCUUCGUCCCGUUUGUUGAGCAACUCGCCGAGUCACAGGACGAUACGCACUUCUCCUUUUCCUGACGCUGAUACGUGGUGAUGGCGGCCUUGACUUUGCACUGGACCAUUGGCUGAGUGAGUUCACGUGAAGAGGACGUUGGGAAAGGCCCCGGCCUCGGCAAGCUGCUCGUGUGCGCGCGCCUUGAUUGGACGACAAUGGCCGGCUCGUCCGGUCCCGGUCCGGCUGUGGUGGAGAGCGACAUGUGCGGAGGGGCCGCUUGAGGUUGCGGGGCGAAGGUCACGGUUGUCGCCGGGUUCAGAUUUGUCGUGUGGCCGCUUUGCCAGCUUCGGUGAUUCUCUGCCGUCGGAUUUCUUUUUGCCGUCCGGUGGUCGACACCUUGCCAGGCGAGGGCACACCUGUGAACUGGUUGGUGGCCUUGUGUCAAACCUGCACUUGAAAUGCACGGCUGGUGCUGGACUUUGGGUUGGUUCGCAUUGAUCACAUCUAAUUUAGGGAUAAUUUUGUUUUUUGUCGCUAAGCCUUUGUAUCAUUGCAUGAUUUCUAAAACAAAACUUCUGUA